CAACUCUGUAUGCUAGCCGAGUGAGUGAGUGAGUGCUGAAAGGAAGUAUGGCUGCCUUGGCAUCUGCUGAUAAGAGAGGAGGUCCAGGGCAAGAGAAGUAGCUGCGGUUCUGUGAAGAAUGGAAAAGUUAGAGUGGUUAGUGGUGUUCGUGAAUUCCUUCACCUUCUGCAAUGCCAUCUUGGAACUGACUGGCACCCACAACAUUGAAGGAAUAUGGAAGAGUUCCGUCACCUUGCCAUGUGUCUACAGGCCUUCCCAGGACUUUGUGCAGCAAACAGUCAUUUGGACCUUGGACCGAGAUCAAAGCCCUGCUACCGUCUUUCGAAGGGAUAGCUCUGGCAAUCACAUCCUGUUGUCACAAUACAGAGGUAGGGUCAGCAUGCCAAAUAGCACGCCAGGGGAUGUCUCUCUUGAAAUUGAGAAGCUUGAAGUCACAGACCGUGGACACUACACUUGCAAAGUCACCUGGAGAACCCAGAACAAGAGCCUGCUAACAAGGGAGAGAACCACUACAGUUAAUGUUGUUAAAGUUGCAGUGACUAAACCCAUCGUCAGACCAGGCCCUCUGGGAUUCACUGUACCAAAAGGGGCUAGGACAAGCCUGACCUGCUCUGCCAAUGGGUCCCCACCCAUCACCUACCGAUGGUUCAAGGGAGAGCCAGGAGGAAACGCAGUGCAUGUGAGCAGUCAUGCCGUACUCAUGUUUGAUUCUCUGCGAACAUCUGACAUGGGGAAAUAUUACUGUGAAGCAGAAAACAGAGCACGCUCACAAGUCAUACAGCAGAGUGAUGCAGUGCAGCUGACUGUGAGAGCCCUUACAAAACCAGCAACCAUGGUACCCUGCUCUAAGACCAAGGCGCACACCAUCAUCUCAGAAGGAGGUUACCAGAGGACCAGCCUGCCCCUCUAUCUCAUCAUCCUAAUCGUUGUGCUCUGUGUGGCUAUGGUGUUUGUUGUCAUUGUGGUCGUCUUGUGUAGGAGAAAGACCAAGAAGGAUAAUCCAAAUGAAGUAACAGAUCAUAACUCCAUGAACCUCACAAGAGGAGAGACUUGUUCAGGUGUCAAUGUCAAGUGCACGUAUGAGGAAGCAAAAUCUAGAGGUGAAAACAACUAUACAUCACAGCCAGUGAAAGAGAAUGAAUAUGAGACAAUUGGCACAGUGAAAAACGACUAUGCGACUCUUGUGAAAGCAACAGCAUCUGAAUAUGAACUGGGGGAUGUUCCAUAGAAAACCAGCAUUUACACACCAGCAGCAGUGCAGAAGAUAGGGCUGUAGAGCUUGAAUGGUGACCAUUCAUUAAGGGAAGCCCUUCAUCCUUUCCACCCUCUUCUCCAAUAACAAUAUUAAAGCAAUGAGCUUAACUGUUGAAGGGCAAUUGCAUCACCCUCUGGUUCUUCAUGGAAUCCAGUCUGCCCUAUUGAUUCUUGAGAACUUGCAUGAAACCUUCCUAAGAUCAGCUUCUUGGUGUAAACUAUCCAGGAAUGAUACAAGGUGAGAAGUUUCUCUCUCUCUCUCUCCUGGGUUUAACAUUCAGCACAGACAAUGGAAGGUCCUUUAAUAAUGCGAGGAGAGUUCAGGAAAAAAAACUGAAAGCAAGGUAAAAAUAAGAACCACACAGCACUGGAGGUACCAGCAGAAAGGAACAAACUCUACAUCUGUAUCUUGCUCUGUAAUAGUUUUUAUACCAUACCUCUAGUGCGAGAGGAAGUCUGUAUGUAUUCUGUAGUAAAGUUUAGCUGCUAGUUAGCUAGCCAAUCAUAUGGUAUCUCAAAUUGCAACUUGGGACCUAUUCUUUCAGAGUCCCUUUCUUUUGUCUCCUGCUAGAAUUACAUUUUUAACAUUUUGGAAAAGAUGGCAGUCCAUGUGUUCCCUCCUUUUGUCACUUCACAUCGCGGGAUCUGGGCAGGGUUUACAAUGUUGACAAUUGUGAUUAGCAACAAUGAUUGUUCCAUUCCAGGCCACGGAAUCCUUGGGUUCCCCUUCGUAGGACCACCUGUAAAAUGCAUGUAACAAUUUAUAGUAUGUCCUUCUUAACCGCCAUUUUGUGCCUUUUUAUUUGCACUUGAUUUUCUCAGUUUGGGUAGACCAUGCUUCCCAGGCAGGUGUCACCAUGCAUUGACCUUUGCUGCUAUAUGUGUUAGCCCUCCUUGUACAAUAUCCACCAAAAUAACGGUAAGAAGACAAACAAAACAAACACACAACACAAUCUUUGUCAUGACAGUAGACCCACGGUGCUCUGGGUUAUUCUUCCGCUGGCACCAGCUUACUUGUAGAGUGUCUGAAAAACAGAAGGAACAUUUCCCAGCCCUCUGGGUAGGGACAGAUUAUUGCCUAAAAAUAACCCUUCUAAAUCUUGCUGACUGCAGGGAAAACAGAAGCAUUACUGCCAUUCUUUCCUUGUUUUGUUCUAUAAAAUUAUAAAAAAAAAUAAAAAAUUAAUGGAGACCUCCCUUCUCCUAGA